AAUUGUUCGAAAGAUUGAUUUGGUUUGUCAAGAUCAUGUUGCGUUUUACUCGUUUUUUCAGAGCGUCCUUUUCUUUAGCUUCUAAAAACACUGUUUUUGUGAAGAAAGAUGAAUGGAAGCAAACGGUUAGGCUGUCAUAUAUGAAGCAACGUGAGAGUAGUUUUUCGACUCUUAUUCCAAUGGUGUUGGAGCAGACUCCUCGAGGUGAAAGGGUUUUCGAUAUUUACUCGCGACUUUUGAAAGAGAGGAUCAUAUGUCUGAAUGGUACAAUAACGGACGAUGUGGCGUCACUCACUGUGGCGCAGUUGUUAUUCUUGGAAGCAGAAAAUCCUGAGAAGAAGGUUUAUAUGUAUAUAAACUCACCUGGAGGUUCGGUGACUGCAGGUUUAGCUGUUUAUGACACUAUGCAAUAUAUCUCUCCUCCAGUUUCUACCAUCUGUUUGGGUCAAGCUUGCUCCAUGGCUUCUUUAUUACUUGCUGCAGGAGAAAAGGGAGAGAGAAGAUCUCUUCCCAACUCACGAAUCAUGAUUCAUCAACCUUCGGGAGGUGCAACGGGUCCUGCAAGUGAUAUAUCUAUUCAUGCAAACGAAAUACUUUAUUUACGCAAGCGGCUAAAUGAGUUGUAUGCUUAUCACACGGGUCAAGACAUUGCUACUAUAGAAACCAAGAUGGAAAGAGACCAUUUUAUGUCAGCUGAUGAUGCUUUAAAGUUUGGAAUUUUAGAUGAGGUAAUUGUACGGAGAGAUCAAGAGACUUUGCGUGUUCGGCCUUCCAGUAGAUAUAUUUGAAGUGUUCAUAUAUGUAUGUUGGAAUAAACAGUUCUUUUUGGAU